UAUUGAUUACAGUAUUCGAUAGAUUUAUCAAAAAGUAUCGGAUACUUCUGACUUCGGAAAGUAUCGGAUAGAUACUUUUUGCCCACCACUACUAAUCAUGUUUGACAGAAAAAUGUGAGGUUAGGGGAAACGGAAAUGUAAAAACAAAUAUAUUUACAAAAAUGUUGAAAAAAGCUGUGAUAUUCACAUCAUUGUUAGUACUUCUAUUUGCAGUUUGGACCGAUAAAGCUUCUGAUUUCUUACCAGCAGUGAUCAGACAGUUUUUUAUUCAGAGGUCUCCAGCUCAGCCAUCUCGUGAGGUGCUGCUAACUUUGGAGGAGUUGCAGUUGUACAAUGGCAAAGACAGGCCCGAAUUAUAUUUGUCCAUUUUAGGAGAGGUGUUUGAUGUUACUAAAGGGGCCAAGCAUUAUGGCGAUGGUUGUCAGUACAAUUUUUUUGUUGGAAAGGAUGCUUCUAGGAAUUUUAUAACAGGAAAUUUUAAUGAUGAAGAUGCUUCAGACCAGGUAGCUGAUUUGAGCCAUGAUAAAUUGUUAAGCCUCAAACAAUGGAAGCAGUUUUAUAGAAAGCACUACACUAAAGUAGGAAAAUUAAUAGGAACCUACUAUGAUGAAAAUGGACAGCUGACUCCUCAUGGAAAAGUAGUAAAAGAUCGUAUAAAAGCUGCUAAACAAAAAGAAAAGGAUGCAGAUCUUCAAAAACGGAUAUUUCCUCCAUGCAAUUUGGAGUGGACACAAGAAACUGGCACAAGAGUCUGGUGCACAGAAUUAAGUGGAGGCAUAUCAAGAGACUGGGUUGGCGUUCCUAGACAGCUGUAUGAACCAGGCUCCAAGUCGUAUAGAUGUGCUUGUAUCAGCGACGAAAACAAGGAACUCGGCAGUAUUAAAGAAUAUGACGAUUGUGAUCCAACUUCUACAAGUUGUUUUAUCAAGAUAUGAGUCAUACUGUGUAUAAUAUAUUUUUGUACUUAAUUUAUUUUUCUAAUAAAUAAUUUUUGUUUUUCUACUA